UGACUCACAGGCUCUGUGGGGUGGUAUGAAGGAACCAGCCCAGGGGCUUCCUGCAGCUGGAGGGACAAGCUGGCUGGACUAUGGCCCAGGGGACUGUGAUCCAUGUGGCCCCAGAGCAGCCCACCUACGCCGUGUGUGUGCUGGGCACCGAGACUCAGCUGGACGUCUACAGCUCUGCCCCUGAGGGCUGCACGUCCUUCAGCAUCGAUGCUCCCCCAGAAGUAGUUGUGGAUGUUGCCCACAGCCCUCCAGCCAAGAAGAAACCCGCAGGUCCCUCCAAGUGGUCCCUGGACCCCGGGCUGGAGGUGAGCCUGAGGCUGACGGCUGCUAGCACUACCACGGGUGACCUCAAGGUUCAGAUUUCAUACUGUGGACGGAAGACUAACCCAAUCCAAGCCCUGCUCUACAUCACCGGGGUGGAAAUCUCCUUGAGCGCGGACAUCACCCGCACUGGCAAAGUGAAGCCGGCCAAAGCCAGGAAGGACCAGAGGACCUGGACCUGGGGUGCCCGUGGGCAAGGUGCCAUCCUGCUGGUGAACUGUGACAAGGACAACCCCAAGUCUCCCACCAUGGACUGCAAGGAUGACAAGGUGUCUAACAGCGAAGACCUGCAGGACAUGUCCCUGGUGACCCUGAGCACAAAGACCCCCGCGGACUUCUUCCUCAAGCACCAGCUGGUGCUCCACGUGGCCAAAUCUGAGAUGGACAAAGUCAGGGUGUUUCAAGCCAAUCGUGGCAAACAGCCCUCCAAGUACAGGGAGGUCCUGGGGCCACAGCAGCCCUCAUACCUGCUGGAGCUCCCGGGAGGCCAGCAGAGCACAGACUUCUACGUGGAGGGCCUCGCUUUCCCAGACGCCAACUUCCCAGGGCUCAUUUCCCUCACCAUCUCCCUGCUGGACAUGUCCAACCCGGAACUUCCCAACAUCCCGGUUUUCCAAGACAGUGUGGUGUUCCGCGUGGCCCCCUGGAUCAUGACCCCCAACACUCAGCCCCCGAGGGAGGUGUAUGUGUGCAGGACAUUUGAAAAUGAGGACUUCCUGAAGUCAGUGACUGCUCUGGCCAAGAAAGCCAGGUGCAAGCUGACCAUCUGCUCCAAGGAGCAGAACAUGGAGGACCGGUGGAUGCAGGAUGAAAUGGAGAUCGGCUACAUCCAGGCACCGCACCAGACCCUGCCCGUGGUCUUUGACUCUCCCAGGAACAGAGGCCUGAAGGAGUUCCCCAUCAAGUGUGUGCUGGGUCCAGAUUUUGGCUACGUGACUCGAGGGCCCCAAACAGGAAAUGUUACUGACCUCGACUCCUUUGGAAACCUGGAAGUGAGCCCCCCAGUUAGAGUCGGGAAGAAGAAUUACCCUCUGGGCAGGAUUCUCAUUGGGAGCAGCAGUUAUCCCAGCAAUGAGAGCCAUGAGAUGCACCAGGCCCUGCAGGACUUCCUCAGUGCCCAGCAGGUGCAGGCCCCAGUGAGGCUCUACUCCGACUGGCUGUUCGUGGGCCACGUGGAUGAGUUCCUGAGCUUUGUUCCGGCGCAUGGGAAGGGCUUCCGGCUGCUCCUGGCCAGCCCCAGGUCCUGCUAUAAACUGUUCCAGGAACUGCUGAAGGAGGGCCAUGAAGAGGCCGUGCUAUUUGAAGGGGUCAAGAGAAAAAAACAGCAGAAAAUAAAGGAGAUAUUGUCAAACAAGAAAUUGAGAGAACAUAAUUUAUACGCGGAGAGCUGCAUCGACUGGAACCGCGAGGUGCUGAAGCGGGAGCUGGGCCUGACGGAGCAGGACAUCGUGGACAUCCCCCAGCUCUUCAAGCUCCAGGCAGACUUCAAGGGGACCCUCAAGGCAGAAGCCUUUUUCCCGAACAUGGUGAACAUGCUGGUGCUGGGCAAGCACCUGGGCAUCCCCAAGCCCUUCGGGCCCGUCAUCAACGGCCGCUGCUGUCUGGAGGAGAAGGUGCGGUCCCUGCUGGAGCCGCUGGGCCUCCACUGCACCUUCAUCAACGACUUCUACACCUACCACAUUCAGCAUGGGGAGGUGCACUGUGGCACCAACGUGCGCCGGCAACCCUUCUCCUUCAAGUGGUGGCGCAUGGUGCCCUGAGCUGGUCCCCCCUGGGGUUCUCUCCCUCGGGAAGUUCCUGGCCAGAGCUCUGGUCCCCUGCAGUGUGGCACAGCAAGAGCCCUAGGUGGCACCCUCCUGGCAGUGGCUUGCAUUCUUCCCCUGUCCCUUGACCCCCUGUGCCCCCUGGGAAGAUCCCAGGAUGGCCCUAGCAUCACACACUCAGUUCUGCUCUGAGGAGCUGCAGUAAAGCUUUAUAAUCACUUUG